GAGGGGGAGAGGGGGAUGAACCGCAUAUCGCCGAGACGCCCGGUCCUCCAGUCGGCAUCCCGCAGCCGCAGCCAUGCCCUCAACGUGCCCGGCGUGGCCGUCAUGGUGUUCUUCUACCUGCUGGUCCUCGGCAUCGGCAUCUGGGCUUCGUUCAAGUCCAAGAGGGAGGCCAAGAAGUGCCACGGGGAUAAAACCGAGAUGGCUCUGCUGGGGAACCGGGGCAUCAACCUGGUGGUCGGCAUCUUCACCAUGACAGCUACGUGGGUCGGAGGCGGAUUCAUCGUCGGCACCGCGGAGGCGGUCUACAACCCGUCCAUGGGGCUCAUCUGGGCCGUGAUGCCGAUCGCAGCGACCAUGUGCUUCAUCAUCGGCGGCCUGUUCUUCGCCGAGCCGAUGAGAAACAAUAAAUAUGUGACCAUGAUGGAUCCUUUCCAGAUCAAAUACGGAAAAGUGCCGACGGCCGCUCUGUCUCUGGCCUCGCUCAUAUCCGAGAUCAUGUGGGUAACGGGGACGCUCAUCGGGUUAGGUGUUACUAUGAGUGUGAUCCUGAAUUUGUCCUACAAUGUGAGCAUCUGGAUCUCGGCUGCUGUGGCCAUCACCUACACCCUGAUGGGGGGGCUCUACUCUGUGGCCUACACGGACAUCAUACAGCUCAUUCUCAUCUUCAUCAGCCUGUGGCUGUGCGUUCCAUUCGCCAUGAUGGGCCCCGCCGUGGUGGACAUCACCGAGACAGCCUACAACUCCACCUUCCAGUCCCCGUGGGUGGGCAGCCUGGAGGCCGACAGAGCCUGGACGUGGAUCGAUAACUUCCUGCUCCUGGGUUUGGGGAACUUGGGUCUCCAGAACUUCCACCAGAGGACGCUGUCCGCCGCCUCCUCGUCCACGGCCAAGAUCACCUGCUUCGCCGCUGCGUUCAUCGUGCCCACGUUGGGCAUCCCGCCCAUCCUCAUCGGGGCAGUGGCCGCAUCCACAAACUGGAACAUGACGUCUUACGGUUCUCCGUCCCCGUACGCCCGCGGCGAGACGGGACUCAUCCUGCCCAUCGUGCUGCAGCACCUCACCCCCACCUACAUCUCCAUCAUCGGCAUCGGGGCGGUGGCCGCCGCCGUGAUGUCGUCCACCGACUCCGCCCUGCUGUCCGCGGCCUCCAUCUUCACGGCGAACAUCUACAGGAACAUCUUGAGGCCGCAGGCGUCGGACACGGAGAUCCAGUGGGUGAUCCGGCUGUCGGUGGUGGUCGUGGGCCUCGCCGGUACGUCGCUCACCUUCCUGGACAACAGCGUGCUGAUGAUCUGGAUGCUGCGGUCCGACCUCACCUACACCCUCAUGCUGCCGCAGCUCGUCUGCGUCCUCUUCUUCGACGUCUCCAACGGCUACGGGGCCGUCCUGGGCUGCUUCGUGGGCCUGCUGCUGCGGGUGCUGUGCGGGGAGCCGUUGAUCGGGCUGGAGCCUCUCAUCAAAUUCCCAGGAUGCGUGCUGGUGAACGGCGUCUGGAUCCAGCGCUCCCCGAUCCGGACCAUUUGCAUGCUCUCCGCCUUGGGGUCCAUCUUGCUCUUCUCCUACCUGGCGUCCGUGCUCUUCGGCAGAGGCCUGAUUCCCGAGCGGUGGGACGUUUUCAAGGUGACGGCUCGGUGCUCAAAACAGUCACAGCGCGACGCCGUGUGCGAGACCAAGGAGGAGAAACCCAAGGAGCCCAACGAGAACAGUGACGCGUGUGAACCUAUGUUAGAAUCAACGUGUUGAAGUGAGAAGGCUCAUUUAUUGACAUUUUUUACAUCAUGCAUCAGCAAGGACUGGUGUGUCGACUCAUGUGCAACGACGUAGUUUCAACAGUCCGAUAUAUUUUGGCUUUUUUUUUUUUGUAUACUUUUAUAUACAACAUAAAUGGAAAGAAACAUCACACGCUCUUUGUUAUUAUAAGAGCUCGGCUUUAUCUCUCAUUGAUGGUUCGAUAGACGAUGUACAACACAACCCCUCCCCGACUGGUAAAGAAAUGAUUUUCACCAUGAUUCUACAGAUUAGCUUCUGUUGAUUGGACUUUCAUUUCUUAUCCUGCCGAUGUGGAAGGACCGUUUACGCCCCCCUCGCAAAGCUCCACGACGUUACGCACAAUGCUGUCGGUGCACACAAUUUAGCAGGAGCCCAUUAGAGGAAACCCGCCGUGAUUCCUGUAAUCUUCUCGCGGCAGAGCAGCUGUCAAACACACAAACUUUGACGUUGGCUCAUUGUUCACUGCGCAAGUAGGUAUCAGAUUUCUGAUUGGCGUGCACUCGGUAUAAAAAGACACAAGCCCUCCGGCCCCCGGUUAGAGCACGCUACGCUCAGGAGGUAGUUUCAUAUUUCAACCCACAAAAGUCCUCGUUUUACUUUCCACAGCAAAGUAUUGUUACUGUUGGUUAAUCCUGCACGGCCACUGAGCGAAUAGAGGCAACAGCAACCCAAUAACAGAUUUAAUUACGGUUUACUGGCGGCUGAGAACAACAGAUUACACGGAAGCGAAGGGGCGUCAGUGACGCGAGCUUUUUAUGUAAUCGGUUCUUUUUAAAAGUUUAAAAUAGGCCGCGUUCUCGCUACACACGCACUUUAUGGUUGUAUCGCAUUGAACUUCUGUUCCGGGUCUAUUGUUAGGACUUGUGCGGCGCUCAGAACACCGCACCUACAAUGUGACGUGUCCUUUCUCGCCACAGCUCAUGUUUGAAACACUAUUUGGCGGAGGGAGAACUUAAAAUAGUCACUUCUAAACAUUAAAGGGAAGUUCUUGUAUUUUUGUAACAGGCAAGAAGCUUCAGCCGAACACAUUUCAACAACGUCGCACUACUUUCUUUUAAAAAGGCUUGCGCUCCUCUUCCCUGACCCCCGGGACAUUCUUUCAAAGGUCUCAUUCUCCUAAAUCGCCACAAUAAUGAGUAAACUAUUGUGAUGGAUACAAAUAGGAGGUUAAGACGUAUCAAACAAUAGCUGAAAUCCCCUUUAAUGACUCCUAAAACACUUGAGUCGUGCCUACUGACUGCUGGCAUCGUGGUGCACUUUAUGGGUUAAUAUUAAUAAGUAGUUAAGAGACUGCAGCAUAGUUGUUUUAAACAUAUCAGCAUCUGUGAGGACAUAUUAUGUUUUGGAACUAAAGCCUUUGGUGGUUGAAGUCCACAUGACUUCUUCUGAAUCCACAUGUGUCCCACAAGCUUAAAAAUACUCCCCCCCCCCCCCCCGCUUAAUAAAGUGUGUGCGUGAUGAUUUAAGUGAGGUCACAGCAGUACGUCCCCCCUGGUGUUAUCUGAGGUGACAUCUCGCCGUUGACUCUGUGCCAACAGCUCUAAUGGAAAGAUUGUCCCAAAGGACGCAGUAACACCGAGCGAGACAAAGGUCUUCUAUAAUAAGACCACACAAGUGUCGCUGUCUAAAAGACGGAGACUGGGCUCCAUUUGUGCACACCCGUUAGUUCAGAAAGAGAAAAUCCAGGUUAGAGCUGCAGUAAUACAUCGGUUUGCUUUUAUGUGGGACGGCUGACGUGUUUCAUGGGGGUUUGGAUAUUAUUUAGAAGGUGCCAUCGUGAACUGGCAAAUGUUUUAGAAAUGUGUGAACUUCUGAAAGAUGUAAAGAAUUUUCUUUCCAAUUAAAACUUUGCCUGUUAAAA